AUGGGAGAGGGAGAGACGGACAUGCAGAAUUGGGAGGAAAAGAUGAUUCAUUCGAAAGAGAAAGUUGGAUUUGGACAAGAGAACGAGAGGCGUCAAGGGCGAGACGAGCAAGAGCAUGAGCUCGUCAUUGAUGACACUCUUCUGUACGGGCUCAUCGAGGACAUGCGGGGAGGGGAGGUGAUCCAUCCGACAGGUGGGGACAAGAUCAAACCACGAGAUCAGGUGAUGGAUAUGGAUAUGGAUAUGGAACGGGGUCAAGAAGAUUAUCCGAUCACAUCGACACCAUUGACUCGACCUCUGCGAGUUCGUAAGGCUGAAGAACCCGGGAAGACGAGGGGAAACAAGCACAAGGUGCAGUGGGAACCACACCAAGCAGUCUCACCUCCCCCUCCUUCGAAAUUCUCCGACGAACUGAAAGCGGCUGUACGUGCGGCUAAACAGGCUCUACGACCGACCGGGGAAUCUUUGACGAGUUGA